AUGCCUUUUCUCUUAUGGAGAGCAGUUGGUAAUAAAUUCUACAUUGACAAGAGAGUGGCUAGGUUUGGAUUUACUCUAAACCCCCAAUGUUAUUGUUGUUGCCCUGCCAUCAACCGAACUGAGCUUGAGGACAUUAAUCACCUAUUCUGUCAAGGUGAUCUUGCUAGAAAAAUUUGGAGGAAAUUUGCUGGCCCGUUGGGUAUUGGCUGGAAUUUCAACAGCCUGAACAUAACUCUUUGGAGUUGGUGGAACCACAAAUCUUCCAAUCCAAUCGCGAGAUUCAUCACCAAGAAUCUCCCAAUUAUCAUUUGCUGGGAGCUCUGGAAAUCAAGAUGCUGCAACAAGUUUGAAGGGACUAGACCCUCAAUAUAUAUAACCAGUUCUAAUAUCACUAUUUUCUUUUUGCAGAUAAUCAAGAAGCAGUUUAGCAGAGUUCGUAUUAGAGAUAGCUGGAGCAUCAUAUACAUAGCCUGUGACGCACACAUUCAACAAACUAGCAGUUUCCCAGUAAAAUGGAUCAUACCACUUGCUCAAAUAGUCAAACUGAACAGUGAUGGAAGUUGCUCUAAUGGGAAAUAUGGAGGGGGAGGUAUUAUUAGAGACCAAGAAGGAAAUUUCAUCACUGCCUACUCCAUCUCUUUAGGAGUAGGCACCAAUAAUUAUGCAGAAGCUGAAGCACUACUCUUUGGUUUGAAAUGGUGUGCCGACAGAGGUCUAAAGAGGGCCAUAGGAGAGUCUGACUCACUCCUAAUGGUCAAAUGUGCCAAAAGGGAGUGGAAACCUCCAUGGAAUAUCAGUAACCAAGUAAAAGAGAUCCAGAAAAUGAUUGAAGUCCACAGCUUCAACAUCAAUCACUGCUUCAGAGAAGCUAAUAGACCUGCCAACAACUUAGCAACUCUGAGUCACAGAAUUGAAGGAAACAAGAUCUUCAACCUUUUCUCUGAUCUGCCUAGCCACAUAAGGGGACUAGUAAAUAUGGACAAAUGGAGCUUACCUACCUUCAGAAUCAAACACACAAAACCAACUAACAUCAUCUAUGAUCCUCCUUGA